AUGCUAUUGAGUGAGCUGAUCUUGAUAUUUGUCUUGCUCACUCAAGCUUGGAUGGGGCUCUUGGGGAAUUCAGUAUUGCUGGUGGUGUACAGCAGAAUCUUCAUUUCUCAGCCCAAUCGUAGGAAGCCGACAGACCUGAUUUUCACCCACCUGUCUACUAUCAACGUGGUUACAAUGCUCAUCCAUGGUGCCACAGUGCUGAUAUUUGCCACUGGGAUAGAGAAUAAAUUGGAAGAUGUUGGGUGUCAUAUCAUAAGCUACUUCAGGAGAGUGACACGAGGCCUCUCCAUCUGCACCACGUGUCUCCUGAGUGUCUUCCAGGCCAUCACCCGGCUCAAGCCCCAAGCCACUGGUUGCAUCACCCCUUCUUUAGUUUUCUUCUGGAUUCUCCACCUUUCAAUGUACAUGAAUAUACUAACGGCAACAAUACCUACCUAUAAUGUCACUGGCACAGUUAAUCGUCUUAAUAUAAAAUACUGUUCUGACAUGUUCUUACAGAAAUAUUUGACAAAUAUGGCUUUUGUAGUUGUGAUUACUUUGCGAGAUGUUGUCUUUGUGCUCCUCAUGACCUGGGCCAGUGGCGACAUGGUCCUUGUGCUCUAUCAACAUCAUAUACAAGUUCGGCACAUCCACAGCACCAACCUCUCCCCCAGAUCCUCCCCCGAGACCAGAGCCACCUGCACCAUCCUGCUCCUUGUCACCUGCUUUGUGUUCUUUUAUUCUAGCAACUGCAUCAUUAUUCUGUCAUUAACUUUUUUGGAGUAUAAAGACAUCAGGUUGACUGAUGCCAUGACUGUUCUGGGAGCGUGUUACCCCGCCCUUUGUCCCUGGGUGCUAAUCAGCAGUGACCCACGGGUCCCCAAGCCCCACUGCAUCCUGAAGAAGGAGAGAAGUCCCUCUCCUCCCCUGGAUCUCUGUGAUGUAUAG